AUGUCCUCCAUGCAAGCUCUACCUGUAGGUAUAUAUCGUAUCUCCGACGGCCGGGGUCGGUGGCUAUCCGAAUCCGGGGUUGGUCCCGGUACGGGCGCUGGCACUCAGCUAGUUCUGCUCACCGAGGAAGAAGGUACAGACGCAGGGUUCAAUGCACGUCCACUUACUCUGCCUGGUAUUUUGCAUGAUCUAAAGUUUUUUCGUGCAAACGCCAAGAGUGGUUUGUAUGCGUCCUUCGAGGGGGAUGCGACGGAAAACGCUCACCUCGGCUCCCAUUCGAUUCCGCGAUAUUAUGAUCUGGUAUCUAAUGGAGCACAAGGACUCAAAGUAGUGCUCAAGGGAACGAAGCUAAGUCUGAAUACUUCUCCUUGCAUAAUGUAUCCACCUAUGAAUAUGGACGGACCCCCUUCGCCUCCACUUUCUGCAAUUGGGGGCGGUGGUGUUCCCGAGCCCAGUGCGGUUGAGCCUCUGCCACUACUGAAACCAGCUGGGGUUUUCAAUCACGGACCGAGCCCGCUGUUUUCCAAGCUCACUGAUCUAUUCGAGGCGCUGAGAACAGAAAGAAGGCAAGAAAAGAGGAAAACCCUGUUGGUGAGGUGGUUUACGAAUUGGAGAGAAAAAGUCGGGACCGAUCUGCAUCCUGCGCUUCGCUUAAUUUUGCCCGAGAAAGAUAGGGAGCGCGCAGUGUAUGGUCUAAAAGAAUCUUCACUUGCCAAAUGCUUUCUAGCUUCCAUGGGUAUAGACCCAAAGUCUGCGGAUGGCAAGCGGGUGCUAAAUUGGAAGAAGCCUACCCCCGACAAUCCGACCGUCGGAGACUUUCCGACGACAUUAUACGAAGUCUUGGCUCCCCGCUGUCCCAAUACCCAUGGGACACUCACUGUCGACCGUCUAAACGAAUUAUUAGAUGAUCUUACCAAAUGUGCGAGAAAUAUUGAAAUGCAGAUGCGGGUAGUUCGCAAAAUUUGCGAUGCAUGUACUGCAGCGGAGCAAAGAUGGAUCGUUAGAAUUAUCCUCAAAGAUCUUACGAUCCAAGUUAGAGAAACCAGUGUGCUCGGUGCCUUCCAUCCAGAUGCAAGGGAUUUAUUCAACACCUGCAGUGAUCUUAAACGUGUUGCAUGGGAGCUUUGGAACCCUUCGAGGUCCUUGCAAGACGACGAGCGCGAUGUUACCCUCUGGACCCCCUUUCAACCAAUGCUUUGCAAACGUAGUAAGACCCUUGCUGAAGCCGUAAAGCUGGUUCAAAGUCAUAUGGAGGACGGGAUGACCAAGGGCUCGAAGAACAAUUUCGUUAUAGAAGAAAAACUUGAUGGGGAACGCAUGCAAUUACACAAGCGCGGUAAUGCUUACUUUUACUCCUCUCGUAAAGGAACCGACUACACCUACCUUUACGGAGCCCACGUAGGCACGGGCAGCCUGACGCCUUAUAUCCAUGCAGCCUUUGAUGACCGGAUCGAAGACUGUAUAUUGGAUGGAGAGAUGAUGGUAUGGGAUCCGAUGCUGGACAAGUAUCUUGCUUUUGGGACACUCAAGACAGCUGCUACCGAUAUCCUAGGAAAGAUAGAUACCUGGGAUAAUGAGAGUCCUAGACCUUGCUUUAAAGUUUUUGAUAUUCUACUUUUGCGAAAUCCUUCACGUCCUGCACCCAAAAACUUUUCCAAUACACCCUUGUCGGUACGGAGGAAAGUACUCGCGCAGGUGUUUAAACCUAUCCAAGGACGACUAGAGCUGGCAGCGCAAUCGUUUGGUAGUAACGCGAAAGACGUAGAGAGUGCACUGGAAAAAAUUGUGGAAGAGCGGGGAGAGGGGUUAGUUUUGAAGGCGCCGGAGUCACCCUACGUACUCGCUGGAAGAGAGGCGUUUUGGGUCAAGGUAAAACCUGAGUAUAUGGACUCCAUGUCCGACUCGGUUGAUCUCCUCGUUGUUGCAGGGAAAUGGGGAUCAGGUAGCCGCGGAGGGAAAGUAUCGUCACUUGUCUGUGCAGUACGGGACGACUAUUCCAGAUCAGGAGUAAGCGAAACUGGAAUGAACGUAUAUGCGACCUUUGUGCGCGUCGGUACGGGGCUGACCGUCGAAGACUAUGACUGGGUCAACAAAAAGAAAUGGAUUCGCAUGGACAAGAAAUCACCGCCCCCUCAUAUGAAGGUUUCGCCCUCUGUUUCGAGUGACGAUAAAGGCGAUGUUUAUUUGGAUCCCGAAGAUUGGUUCAUUAUAAGCAUCAAGGGUGCAUCAAUCACUACAACCGACGAAUUUGGGACUAAUCUCACUAUGCGGUUCCCUAGAUGUAAGGCAAUACGGCGAGACCUAUCUGUGGAUGACUGUCUGACUUGGAGCGGGUUGAGAGAGUUGCAUGGCGGAAAACGCAAAGAUAGUGAUGACAGACAAGAAGGCCCGAAGAGACGUAAAAUUGGUGGUAGAAAACCUACUACACUUUCCUUGUCACACCAAGCGACUGACGUCAAGGAGAUUGAAAUUACAUCCGAUUUAUUUGAAGAUAUGCGGUUUUUAGUUGUCCCUGACCUUACUGGCAACAGUAUUGUCUCAAAGGCCGUAAUCGAGAAACUUAUAUACCAACAUGGAGGAGACUUCACGCAAGUGAUGCAGGGCGACAGUACAUUGACUGUAAUUUAUGGCGGAACAAAACUAAUCCCUCAAGUAAAGCGUAUUAUGAAACGGAAUGACAUGGAUAUCCUGAAACCCCAGUGGCUUACAGACUCGAUUGAAAAAGGGCGUCUCGUCCCACUCCAAGCAAAAUAUUACUUCUACGCUACCAAGGAAGCGCAGGAAGAUGGGGCAUACAAAAUGAAUAAUGAAGAGGUAGAAGUUAUGUCAUCUCUGAGAAGUGCAAAGAUCAGUUCGGCACAAUCACCGCCAGAUCUGGACCACACACUCUCGUCGUCCCCGGAGCCAGAAGAAAUUUCCGAGUAUCUGAAACCUAUUCCUUUGGACGAAAAUAUUACGAAGAUACCGGAUGAUCCCAGUGCCAGCGACACACAGUCAGAACCCGAAGAUCUGGCUGAUCAACUGAGCGAUGAAGAGUGGACUGAAAUAGCUGCUACUCACACUGGUGAUAAUCAUAAUAAGAUCGACUCCAUGGAGUCUGGCAUAGAAAUGUUUAAGGAAGGGAGUACAGAGCAAAAGCCUGUGGCUGUGAAGGCACAGGCACUGAUUAAUUCCGGAGAAGAUAUCGAGUCUAACACUGUUAUCUCGGCUAUGAGAAGCGAAAUUAGCUCCACUACCAGCAAGCUCGAUCAAAAUCUGUUUUUCAGAAAUCUAUGCUUUUAUCUGGACUCUCCUGACAAUGCACGAGAUGAAGACUUUCUCGUCUCUAACACUCAUGAAAGCAAGAUCAGAUUGAGUAUGGAUCGCGCCCGUAAAGAUAUCCUCGUCCACGGCGGAGCACUUGCUCUAGGGCUUUCUGACCCUCGAUUGACCCAUAUUGUGCUUCACGAACUUGACAAAUCACGUCGCAUAGAGUUAAUUCGUAGGACUUCCAAACCAAAGCGUCGAUACGUGGUCCUUACCAGUUUUAUUAGCGCCUGUGUCUCGGAGGGAACGCUGCUGGACGAAGACGCGUUUAUGCCAUAA